UCGCGAGCUAGGGAUAGGGUUUUUGCGAGUGAGGGAGGUAUGGCGUCGCCCAUGGCGCCACCGGGCUCUCCAGAUUCGCAGCACAAUGUGGAGGAGGAGGAAGAGGAGGACGAUCGCGACGAUGCGGCAGCUGGAGGAGCUGGGGAUCUCUAUUCGACAGUGGUGUACAAGCCGGAUCAUCACUCCAGUGCCUACUCGGCCGCGCUCCACAAGAGUGCCAAGGAUCUCUCGGCGCUACUCGACAAAUCCGCGGCCGGGGGCGAUCUCGAUGGGGAAGAUGAUAUUUACUCCACUGUGGUGUACAAGGGAUCGGCCAGGGAAGACGAGGACGAGGAGAGCGCCGUGAAGAGGAGCGAUCCUGUCUCUGGGGAAUUCAAGGCUAGCAGGGAGGAAUUCUCGACAGUGAUCCUCAGGACUGGUGAUUCGUUCGUCCGCAGGGCUCCGGAAUCUAGCGCGUUUCUCCGGAAGAAACCGAGCCUUCCCAGGUCCAGGGACGAAGUUCUAGCUCCUCCCCAGGAUGACGAGAGGUUUGCAAAGCGCAGAGGCAGCAGCAGUCCUGUGCAUGAGAAUGUGGCUCGUGAAGAUCCUUCUUUGAAGUACGAUCUUCUCAACCAGCUUGGAAAGGGAUCAUAUGGAGCGGUGUAUAAGGCUCGGGAUCGUAGAACAUCCGAGUUCGUCGCGAUCAAAGUUAUAUCCUUGACGGAAGGGGAAGAAGGCUAUGACGAGAUACGAGGAGAGAUUGAGAUGCUGCAGCAGUGCAAUCACCCCAACGUUGUGCGCUAUCUGGGAAGCUAUCAAGGAGAAGAAUACUUAUGGAUUGUUAUGGAAUACUGUGGAGGAGGCAGCGUUGGGGAUCUCAUGAGCAUUACUGAUGAACCUCUGGAAGAAGUUCAAAUCGCCUAUAUAUGCAGAGAGGCUUUGAAGGGACUUGCUUACCUUCAUGCAAUCUUUAAAGUCCACCGUGAUAUCAAGGGGGGAAAUAUCUUACUUACGGAACAAGGAGAGGUGAAGCUGGGUGAUUUCGGUGUUGCGGCGCAGCUUACAAGAACGAUGUCUAAGCGUAACACUUUUAUUGGUACUCCUCAUUGGAUGGCUCCCGAAGUUAUACAAGAAAGUCGGUAUGAUGGCAAGGUGGACGUAUGGGCUUUAGGAGUUUCGGCAAUUGAAAUGGCAGAGGGGCUUCCUCCAAGAUCGAAUGUUCACCCUAUGCGUGUUUUGUUCAUGAUUUCCAGGGAGCCUGCGCCAAUGCUGGAGGAUAAAGAGAAAUGGUCGUUGGUUUUUCACGAUUUUGUAGCCAAAUGUUUGACAAAGGAGCCACGUCUCAGACCGACAGCAACCGCAUUACUUCAGCACAAGUUUAUUGAGAAAUGCAAAGGUAGCGCUACAUCCAUGCUUCCAAGGAUCGAAAGAGCUCGAGCAUUGAAGGAAUUGUCUGCUCGAACGUUUGGUCCAGAACAAGCAACAGUUUCCUCGGGGAAUGGGCAAUGGUCAUGGGAGAGGGGUCAAACCGUAAAAAUGCAUGAAAGCGUGGCUGCGACUGUAUUAGUUAGACCAGACAAGGAAAAGGCGGACAUUGACAACGAGGAUACUGAUGUUGGCGACUUUGGAACGAUGGUCGUUCAUAGAACUUCGUCGUUAACGGCACAAUCUAGUGACUUGCUUCAGCUGAAUCAAUCAAGUACCGACCUGCAAGGGGAUAAUCCCACCGUUAAAAGCAAUGCGAAGGUGGAAAGCGAAAAAGUAGUUGGCGAAGAAAGACAUGACGAGCCUGUGAUUGCAGCGCCAAUCGAUCUCCCUCCGUUCUCCCCGGCUACGCCACCUUCUUUAUCACCAAAUCAACAACUUUCUAACGAGAGCCAAACCCUGAGAAGAAGAAAAAGUCCUGGAGAUGGAGCUAGUACUGUGGGUGGAACAACGCCCCGUAAUCUAGGAGGGUUUGCUUUGCAUGACAAGCUAGUGUCCAUCUACGCGGCUGGAAACACUGUCCCAAUACCGUUUCUACGAGCGACUGACAUCUCUGCAAUAGCCUUGCUAUCCGACGACGUCUUGGGGAACGGUUUUGCCGAUCACAGCGGCGCUGUGGCGCUGCAAACCGUCGAAGAACUCUACAAUGCGGCCGGGGUGGCGGAUUCCACAUUCAAAAAGGGGAAGAAGCCAGGAACUAGUGAGACGCCUCUGCCCGCAAGCGUCUAUCAAAGCCUGGCGACAAGCAGCACGCUCCAAAAUCUCGCGCGCGCUCUAGCUUAUCACAAAAGAUGCUACGAAGAAAUGCCGCUGCAAGGUUGGCAAGCUGCUCAAGAAGAGCGCGUCAUUGGCAACUUAUCUGACACCCUGCGAACAAUCUUGCGCCUGUAGAAGAAGAAUGGCAGCUUUGUGCAAACAUCCCAACUCCAGUGAUCUAGAGCAGCCAGUGGGAGCCGGCCACCUGGGCAUCAUCUUAGCCACUUAAAGACUUGUGGUGCUAGCGGUAGAGUGUCCGAGAGGAGUUUUUUGGAGCGAGAGGAGCAAUGGCGGCAGUGUUGGAGCGCUCGGCCUUCUGCGGCUCGUCCCUCGCGAGAGCACCAGUGGCAGCACGGGGCCUCCCGGCGUUGAGCACCCGCCUCACCGUCACAGCCAGGGGAGGCAAGAAGAUCUCGACCAAAGCACCUCUAGGCCCUUCUGGAGACCUCUCUUUCAAGUCGGGAUUGGACGCAUCUGGUCGCGGAACCAAGGGGAAGGGCGUGUACCAAUUCACGAAGAAAUACGGGGCCAAUGUGGACGGAUACAGUCCCAUCUACACUCCAGACGAAUGGUCGCCUUCGGGAGACGUUUACACGGGUGGCCAGACGGGGCUGCUGCUAUGGGCAAUAACGCUGGGAGGUGUGCUUCUGGCUGGAGUGUUCCUUGUCUACAGCACCAGCGCUCUCGCAAGCUAAAGUCUUGUAAACAUUAUCCUGUGGAUAAAAAGAUUUUACGUAUUCGACGACAAGCAAAUAUCCGUAGGUAGCUAAUCUGAUCGCAAAACAAACAUGACUCGAAAUAUGAAAAGAACAACGUAAACAUUUGUAAA